AUGGAUGAAUCAAUCAGUAACAACUACAAGGAAAGCCUCCUGCAAGAUCAAUCCUCUUCAAGAACCAAAAGGAAACUACGUUUGAUAAUCUGUCUGGUAACUCUCUUCACUCUCAUAAUUGCUGCUAUCAUCUCUGCUUCAGUAAUACUUAAACAAGAAACAGAGUCCAAAUCACUGUUCUUUAACCCAACAAAUGCUAUUACAGCAGUAUGUGAGCUCAUCAGCGAAGAUCCGGACUCGUGCUUUGACUCUAUUGCUUCACUUUAUGAUGCCCAAAUCCCAUUAUUAUCAUCUUGGUCAAAUGGAGAUUCUAGAAUUAACCCAUCUCGGAUCUUUAUUCUUUCGCUUUAUGCAUCAAGAAUUGUGCUUGUGAAUGUCGUUUCCUCAAUUGAAAAGACAAUUUCAGUCAACCCCAAGACUGUUGGGGUGUUGAGAAAUUGCCAAGGAAUGAUCAGAUUCUCUCUAAAGCAACUCAAUGAAUCAGUAGUGAGUUUGGGCGUUGACCCAGAUGAGAAAAUCCUGACAAUUAACAAAGUUGUUUGGGAUUUGCAACGGUGGAUUGGGGAGGCACAGGGUCAAGUACAGAGGUGUGUUGAUUUAUUGGAGGACAUUCCGUCGACGGUUGCGGUGAAUAUUAAUGCAGCCCAGCAAAACAUGAGGAACAGUAGAGGAAUAUUGCGAAAAGUGGAUGACAUUUUCGACCUGUUUUAUCCAAGAAUAGGAACAGCAUUAGGUUCUUUAAUUUUGGAAUUUGAGUAUGGGCUAACUGUUUGGCUCUUUUGCUUUGAGUAUUUGCUCUUGGUUUUUCUUUUUUGCCUGGUUUUACGUAUAUAUUGA